AUUUGCUAGAUGGAGAACACCAUAACCUACAAAGCUUGCGCUGUGCUUCUUUGUUUUCGAAUUUGACCCUCAUAACGCUCAUUUAUUCAUCGAAUUGACAUUCACCUCGUGUGUCAUCGAAAUAGUAUGGCAGAUGAUGAUUGGUUUUCUGGUGAGGCGGGAGGAGAAGAAGGAGGAAAAUCAGGGAAAAAGAAUCAGAAAAGGAGAGCCAAGGCAAAGAAGGGGAAAAGCAGCAUUUCUCAAGAGAAUCAAGUAGACCCAGUUGAAGAGCUCCGACAGCGGCUGGCAGAUGCCAAAAUCAAUAAGGACCACACACUUGCAGGAAAACUGAGACAACAACUUUGGAUUGUGCAAGACUUAGCUGCUGGAGUGAAACCGAAAGUAGACCAAGAUGAUAAAGAUGGACAGGCCAUGGUGGAGGAAUUUGAGAGGACUGGUAUCAUAUCUCUUCCAUCCAACGAUGCAGCUAACCCUGCUAACAAAGCAGAAGAAAAGGCUUCCAAAUCUGAACCAGUCUUCUUCACUCCCGUAGCUGGCGGUGCGGUGGUAGAAGAUAAGCAAUUCAAAAACUUGAAAAAGAAAUUGAAGCAGAUUGAGACACUCAAGGAAAAACAGAAGAAAGGAGAGAAAUUAGAAUCCAAUCAGUUGGAGAAGAUCAAAUCCGAGGCUUCCGUCCGCAAAGAAAUCCAGGAGACAGAGGAGCUCAUCAGUAGACUUUCUGCUGAAAUCAAGAGUUGACAACAGUUCAUCUGUGUUGAGAAGCUACAAAUUACCUCAUAUUGAUGGGGGAACUGCCUUCCAUGUUUUGUGGAGCCCCUGCCUUAUCGAACAAGCAUUACAAGACUGCUGGCUGAGAUACUUCACGUUGCACGUUUUCACUACCAUGUGAAGCAACAAGGAGGAUCAAAUCAAACCUUGACUUAUGUGAGCAUUGCUUGAGGAAGAGAUAACAUUCAGAGUUCAAAAUGCAACAGGCCAUUGUAGUUGCGAUCAGGACAUGUACAUGCAUUUAGUUUAUACAUUUCCAUUUAGAUAGAGAGGUAUAUCGGCAAUACAGUUUAUUGCUAUCAUGGAAUGCAACAAUUAUUUUAUUAGAAGCAGCAUUUAAAGAGAAAAUAAAAAUGAGAAUAUUUUCCUUAUUUCAUUGCCUCUUUAUGAAAAUUAAAUGUAGAUUAAUAAUCUGUAUUGAAUUAUCAUAUUCUCUGUAUGUUUAAUACAAGAGCCAUCAGGUUCCCCUAGGCAAUGGGUUAAAUGAAUAAAAUACCUUUACAGUAAGUGUUUUGAAUUAAUGCAAAAUUCAUAUCUUGCCCCAAUAUCCUACAGAAAAAAAUCCUCUGUGUGGCCAUGCCUUGAACCAUAAUG